GUCCAACCCUACCCGUACAGUUAUGCAGAGAACUGCUACGCUGCAUAGAAGCUUACAGUACACACUCCCAUGCUUGCUAUUUCUGGCUAGCAUCCCGGUAACCAGCAUUAACAACGUCUCUGGAUCCCACACCACUUGUUUUUCCUCUCUGCUCCCUUUCCAGCUUGAACACAAUCAAAACUUUGCUCUAUAAAGCGGUCGUAAAACAUGGCGGAUACAACCUUGCAGAUAGUUGAGCAGCCCACCACCCCGGAGACUCCACCAGAAGAACCAAUGGACAGUGAGCCAAUCAAAGCCGAUCAGAUCAAUGGGGUCUUGGUGCUAAGCUUGUUGGAUAAAAUCAUAGGAGCGGUGGACCAGAUUCAAGUGACCCAAAACCAGCUGGAAGAGAGGCAACAGGAGAUGGAAAAUGUAGUAGGCAGCAUUCAAGGAGAACUUACCAAGCUGACAAAGUCCCACGCCACCACCAGCAAUACAGCUAGCAAACUGUUAGAGAAAGUGAGGAAGGUUAGUGUCAACGUCAAGACGGUGAGACAGAACCUGGAGAGACAGGCAGGACAGAUAAAAAAGCUAGAAGUCAAUGAAUCUGAACUGCUGAGGCGCAGGAACUUCAAAGUUAUGAUCUACCAGGAUGAGGUAAAAUUGCCAUCUAAGCUGAGCAUCAGCAAAUCUCUAAAGGACACAGAGAAGCAAGAGGUAGAGGAAGAAGAAGAGCAUAAAGAAAAUAAGGAAGAAAAUGAGAAUAUACAGCUCUCCUCAGAUGAGGAGGUGGAACUGGAAGAAAUCAUUGAAGAGUCCAGAGCUGAACGCAUCAAGAGGAGUGGGAUGAGACGCGUUGAUGAUAUCAAAAAAGCAUUCUCUAAAGAAAAGAUGGAAAAGACCAAGGUUAAGACCAAAGAGAACCUAGAAAAAACAAAGCAAAAUCUGGAGAAGACCAAACACAACAUCGAGAAAAAAAUGACCAAGCUGGGAACCAAGAUAGUGACAAAUGAAAGACGAGAACAAAUGAAGACCUCAAGAGACAAGUUCAAAAAAUCCUUCACUCCUGACCACCCUGUAUAUGCCCGGUCCAAAACAGCAGUGUACAAGGUGCCCCCAUUCACCUUCUAUGUUAAAAAGAUUAGGGAGGGUGAGGUUGAAGUCCAGGCCACAGAAAUGGUAGAGGUUGGUGGGGAGGGUGAAGAAGAAGAAGCAGCUGACCUGCUGAGAGGUGAGAGUCCCGAUCCCAAUUCCCUCCUGCAGAUCUCUGAGGACACUGAUGCUGUGUUGGCUGAAAGAAGUGACAGCGACUAACAAGGAAAAAUUCUGUUUCCUCCACUUGGACAGCUUACUACCUUUCACAUUUCAAACCAAUUUACCUAUCUUACCUUUCAUAUACACACAUCUCGUUCCUCUAUAUUUUUGCAGUUGUAACCACACGUCAAAAAAAGAAAAAACUGAAAAAAAGAAGAUAUAUUUACGCAUAUGUAACCAUAUUUCUACUUAACAGGCGGCACUAGCAAAUACAAAAUAAAUUUUAAAAAAAUUCCAGUAUUAUAAUAUUUAUGUAACCAAAUCACAGAUACUUUUUUUUUCUCUACUAUCCCCUUAGUUCCUACCAAUAAUUAUUUCAGUGCCCCCCCCCCAAUAAAAGGAUCUGUGCCAAGUUUGCCAAACUAUACUGUGUUUACAAGUCAGCCAUGCUGUGUACUCUACAGAUGUUUCAAUAUCAAUAUUGCUUCCCACCUUAUAAUUAUAAAAGAAAAUGCAAGUAAUGUGUUAGCAGGAUCGUAGUUAUAAUGCAACUAGCCUUAUGUUUAACAUUUACAACAGGGUUUAUUAGCUGAAUAGUGAAUUGUGAUGUCGAAAAAGAAUUAAGAGAAUUUUAGGCCAAAAAGCUGAGAUGCAAAAAAAAAACUCAUUCACAAUGUGAUUGUUUUGAUCUGCAUUUUACAAUUUGAUUUUUAAUUUUACGUGAUUCACAAUUUAGUAAAUGCUCAGUGUAUAAGUGAAAGUUUGGUGAACAUUACUUUCAUUGUUCAAAAAUGAAACAAACAAAAAACUAUAGAAGUCAUUCGAAUAAGUCACUCUCAUAAAAAAAUAAAAACCCAAUAAAAUCCACACUGCACUUUUUACUUUUUUUCCCAAUCCCAGUUCUUUAAUCACUUGCUGUUGCUAGAUUUAGGAUAAAAUGUAGACAUUCUUUAAUAGCAAAAUUACAUUAUAUUUCACACUAAUAAAAGCUAUGCAAAGAGCUAAAACAGUCAAGACCGUGCAGAUUGUUUGUUGUGGUUAGGGCUGCUCUUUGGUUGACAAGGGAUAGAAAAGAGGCUGAAGAAUAGUGUCCGGGUUGAUGUGAGAUAUGCAUGUCCUUAAAUUGUUUUAUAAAAGGCAUACCUCGGAACUGAGAAAAGAAGUGAUACAUAAGUGAAAUAUUGAAUGAGCAGCACAGAGAAAAUAUUUUUUUAAAUAUGCACUGUAAAAAUGUUAUGCUGUUUUUGAAUGGAGACAUGUAUUGAGGGAGAUGCAGUUUAUUUAGCAUGUAGCAGAGAAAGCAGUGGGGUCUCAUUGCUGUACCCAUGAGACAUAGUAGAAAUUAAGACGAAUGUAGUCAUUCCUUUAGGUAGCUAUAUGACUGGAUUCAAAAGGACAAUAGUACUUAAGACUAAAAGCUUGUAAAAAGGACGUUCUAGCUUAAAGAUGCAAGUGGCGUUCAAUGUCAAAUUCUGUUAACUGAUUAUAAUUACAUUUUCUGUAAACAAACGAUCUAUGAUAGUCAUGCGCUGGAGUAGACACUAGACAGAACCACGUCAUGGGAGGUCUGGCAAGGGCAAUUGCCCCACAGCCUUUAGCAAACAGGCUUUAUGGGCUGUAGCCUCAGAGCACCAUUGUUCUGCUGAUUAAAAGCAAGUAGAGAUAGGAUAGGAUGUCUGUUAGCAGGCAACUACAGAAGUGAGGCAGUAGACAUGGAUUGUGUAGGCCAGGGCCUCUGCUAGUGUGGGUUUGCGCUUGUGUUGGUGACCCAUAUUCCCAGUGUUCUCCAUGGCUGGACUAGCACACUGGUAAUGUUUCCUGGGAGAAAGCAGUACCUGAGUUCCCUUGCAAGACUAAUGCGUGUAUAAUAUAGAGAUGCUUGCAAAUAGCUUCUGGAUGAGCUGAGACAAUGUUGUGAAUAGAGUCAUGUUGAUCACUUAGGCAUACACAGAUUUCUGUCAAUGCUCCCUCAUGCUUUGUAGAACAUAUUGAUUCACACAAAGAUCCGUGAAAUUUUUGUGCAGGCCAAUAGUUUGUACUGACCUUGUAUAUUGACAUAGGUUGCCAGCCCACCUCAGAAACACAUUGAUAAAGAGGUUAAAAUGCUCCUUUUGCAAUACAACAGUCCGUUUUUGAAUAAGAAGAUAGUGUAUUAUACUGUCAACACUUCUAGGCAGAAAAUAGAGGGUUAUCCUGAAAUCCAGAAGUUAGAGGUACAGUCUGGCAGCUUAAUGGUAAAACUAAGGGUAAGUUCCCAGAAAUAUAUUUACCACACAUUUACUACUCACCAAUUCUAUUUCAGUGUAAUUUAGAGAAGGUGUCGUGGUAGAAUAAGGCAGGCAAAGAAUAAUAGAAUAGCAGUAUCUUAUGAUACCCUUUUUAUUUAAUGUUUAUUCCAACCACUUCUGCUUUUAGAAGUGGUUGUCCUGCAAGAAAUCUGUAUGUGCAGCAUUUGAGCUCGAAACGCUGCCUAUACAGAGAUAUUUGUACAUUUGUGCCAGGUGUAAUAAUACCUUUAGCACACGUGACCGAGUCAGUGUUCCAGACUCUAAUGUGAGUCCUUUGCCAAAUAUACACCAGCUGUCACUCAGCUCAACUCAUAUACACCAGCUGUCACUCAGCACAUGUAAAUAUACACUGCCCCAUGCAGAGUGCGUUCUCGAUUUCUGAUAGAGAAGCAUUUGAUUCAGGACUUCUCUGUCAGAAUGAUCUGACUGGCAAUCACGGUGCUUGAAGUGCAUGCACCGUAGCUCUAACAAUGCUUCUCUAUGAGAAGCAUUUGAUUGGACCUCGGACCAAGAAGCAGUAAAGUGAGAUGGCAUGGAUGUAGGAGGGGGCACUAAAGGGGAAACUUUGCCCCAGCUCUGGAUUUAAGGUAAGUGCUUGCCUUUAUUUUACAUUUUAUUUUAUUGGAAAAUGGGGGCAGUAAUUCCCAGUGAUUUACUAAGGCUUAGUGAAUUCUAGGCUUAGAGUGACCCUAUGCUAAGAUGUAAGAAAUAUAAGUACCGGUGCUAAAUGGUAUUGCCAUAAAUGGUGCAGCUGGUGACUAGUUGCCUACUAGUGUUAUUCAACAUUGUGCUUAAUUUAUUGAGAGCUGUAAUGUGUCUUGCCCCUAGUGGUCUUAAAAUAGUCUAUAUUCCCAGGUGUGUGAAUCGCGGAUAAGAUAUUAAUGUUUACCUUACAAAGCAUGGCAAUAAAUAUAUACUAAGAAGAUUAAGCAACUAUUUUUCCCCUUUUCUUAAUUCUUGCACUGCCUUACUCUAUACUAAAUCUGGUGUAAAACUAUUUGAAAAAAUAAAUUAGACUAUACUGAUUUUAAAAUAGACGGGGAAUUUAACAUUUAGUUAUCACUCUGCAGAUAAACCUCCAACGUCUAAACAGGUUGGGUAACAUAGAAAUCAAGUUUAUGUAUUAGGUAAUGUGUCACAGUUGUUCAUGAAGAUAUAUAUUACUUCUGAACGUUCAUGUUAGGAAACAAAAUUCCUAUUAUUUAGAAAUUUGGCAAUGGGGUGUAUUAUGUGACUGUGCGCUUGCCAGAAGGAUGUGAAAAACCAUUAAAACAUGUUGUCCUUAUUGACAUGUAAAGACAUUAAACACUAUAUUUUGCCUUG